AUGUCACUAUUCCGGACCAUGUCGAGACGCCAUUGGGAGCUUACAGUCGGAAAUUGGAAUAUAUCCUCAUUCAGAUGGAAAGGGAAGGAGCUAGUUGAUGAUUCCAUAAAGUACCAACAUUGUUGGACUUUCGUCAACGAAGCGCCAAGGCCCUGGAUCCUGAACCAUCACGAGUGGAAGUUAUUCUACUCAGGUGUCGAUAUCACGACGCGGGCUCAGGCCGGUGUUCUGAUAGAACCCAACAUCGCAGAUAGAAUCUCUCAUUGGAAGCCUGUCAGCGAAAGGGUGGUAAUCCUCCAACUGAAGCUACAGCAGGCUAAAGCGUUAACGGCACAGGUCUAUGCGCCCAAUUUGGAGGGAAAAUAUUAUAUCUUCCUUGAGGAAGUGCAGUGUGCUCUGUCCAAAGUGCCGAAUGCAGAGUCCCUCAUUCCAAUGAACGAUAUCAAUGCGCAUAUCAGGGCGAACACUGAAACGAGGGAACGUGUGACGUGA